CCUGCCAACCUUUUUGUAAAAAAUUAAAUAAAAAUCUACUAAUGGAGAGCUGUAAUGGAGGCUUUUUUCCCUUUUUUUCAAACAUGUUUAAUUACUAAACGUAAUUUACCUGCAUUUGAUUGAUUUUACCAAUAUUAGUGCAUUAAAAGUAAGGCAGUAUACAUCACGUCUUGUGAGUGUCCUAGUCCUUAGUGUAUUUUUUUGUACACUGUCAGGAAAAAAAGUUUGGACACCCCUUAUUUACAGCGUUCUUAUCCCCUUAUUUCCGAUUCAUCCCGCAUGGUGCAAUUUGAUUGGGCGCUUUAACGUCAAUAGAGGUCGGAAACAGCUUUUUAUGGAGUCAAAUUAUUAGACGAGACAAUAACCAACCCAUCAACUUUAACACUGCAUAGACUCCGAAUUACGGAUUCGAUGGACUUGUGAAUUGGCGGAAAUCCCUAAAUCCCCUAGAAGGGAGCACACUGAGGGAUUGGAACACAACCCAAAGAUGGCGGACAGUUUGGACGCGCUGUUAGACGAGGUGGAAGCAAAGUUUUGCCGAGAGAUUUCUGUGUCGCAUCGAGCUUCAUCAUGCACUGUAAAAGCAGAACAAGACAACCAUGGACAACAAAGAAGUAAAGACUUCGUGCACAGCAUUUCAGAUACAUAUAAAGUUGAAGGAGUUGAUGACAUCGAUGCUGUGCUUCAAGAAAUACUUGAUGAUGAUUAUCCAGCUUCCAGUUCACACAGACCUGUUUUAUCAAAAACCUGCUCUGUGGAGUCUUGUUCUCAAACAGCUUUUAAAACGUGUUCCCCUGUGUGUUUGGGUGGAAGCGCUAUAGCAAGGGGUGUGGGAACAAGUGUUACGCAAAAGGUUUGUGACAGAUUAAGAUGUACAUCUUGUGACUUUCGUGUCGUUAUGUUUGACGAUCAGGAGUGGGACUCUUCCUGUGACUAUCUGUUUUUCAGAAACAACAUGCCGGACUGUAACAAGCUGCAGGUGAAGCUGAAGAGGAGACGAGGCGCACGGGCGUAUGCGUGCCAGUGUAGCUGGCACUCUGCUGUCAUUCUGUCUGAACUCGGACACAUACCUAACCUCAAGUGGGUUUGUGGCAAACACACAGCUUGCUGAUUUUUGUACUUGAUCUCCAAAUUCAGUGAUUGAAAGGCAUAAAAAAAACCUGAUGUGCUCUCCACUGAAAAGAAGAUGCUGGAUAUUUUCUAUAUUAUUUUUCCAGAUGAUCACUAGAAACAUCAGGUGUUUAUUGUCUCAUUAAAGCAAUUUAUGUUUAUAUUAUAGAUGCAUUGCAGUUUGAGUAAAGUGGUGAACGGUCAACUGAAUUCAUUCUUUUAUAAGAUUAAAAUAUUUAAAUAAUUAUAAUGUGUGAUUUUAUUUUGACAUGGAUAAUACUGCGAAAAUCAGUUGUUAUGGAUCUUGUAAUAUUUUUUUGCACUACAUAAAUAAUGUCUAAGUAUUUCUCUACAGACUAGUAAUCGCUUAGUUAGUCAAACCUGUGUAACAACUAAAAAUGCAUUUUCAUAAAUUAUGCUUAAUUUAAGUUAAAUAAAUGAAACAUAAAUGGCAAA